ACAUUCUCUCUUCAAUCUCUCGAAUCAUUCAUAAACACAAUAGAAUUUCACCAGAUUCUCUCUCACCUUAAUCUCAUGAACGACCUUGCUGCUCAACCGGAGAACACCAAGGCUGACACCGUUGUCACUGGACGUACUAUGGACGAAGUCACUCGCGCAGACAGACUCGUCCGAGAGAUGCGUAACUGUGCUGACAAUAAGACUCUAGGGAAAUCUGGGCCUAAGCGUAGACGUAAUCUAGUCAACGCGAACAAAUAUGAGGUCGAUUUGGAGCGGGAACGUAAAUGUGCAACUCGCGGUCGAACCAAUAACAAGACUGCAGCUCAGCACUGCAAGGUUAAAACGUUGACAGUUACCUCGUGGAAAAUGAAUGAGUACGAGUAUGCCAACGGAACGCUACCGACGCUUGCUCGUGGACUAUUUACCUACCAAGAUCCUCUCGCUACACCACUUGUCGCUGACAAUGAUAAUACAGUACAAGGUGAAAAUGAGGAGGCUGACAGCCCUCAUCACAUCCUGAUCCGUGGAUAUGACAAAUUCUUCAAUAUAGGUGAAGUAAAGAAGACACAGCUUGACUGGAUCGCAACCAACACUGAGGGCCCAUAUGAAGUCACGCUGAAGGAAAAUGGUUGCAUCAUCUUUAUGGCAGGAUUGCCUCCUCAUCUGGUAGGGCCACAGGGAGGAUGCGUUGUUAGCAGCAAACAUUGUCUGGGAGAUUCACAGUCUUCUGAGGUUGUGGAUGCACAACAAUGGACCGAGCGAUCUGGAACCAGUGUUACAGUCAGUCAUGCCCUCAAGGGACGUGAGUGGCUAGAGAAAACCUUGGCUGCCAAAGGAAGGACGACACAAGAGUUUGGACUAUGGCUCUGGAACAAUAACUUGACUGCUGUCGCAGAGUUAUGUGACGAUGACUUUGAAGAGCAUAUUUUGAGGUAUCCUGCCGAGCGAGCAGGACUCUACCUUCAUGGAUUGAACCGUAACACCGUCGACUUUCAGACUUUGCCCAGUGGGAAGGUUCAGCAGACAGCUGCUGAAUGGGGGUUUCGGCGUACGGACUUUGUGACAUUCAACACGUACAAGGAGGUAAUGGAUUUUGCAGAGGAAGUGAGGAAUGCUGGCGAAUAUGAUCAUCGCCCCGUAGAGGGAUUCGUGGUUCGUUGCAAGACAAAGCAAGAGGGAGCGACUCAUUUCUACAAGAUCAAAUACGAUGAACCUUAUCUUAUGUACAGAGAAUGGAGAGAGAUCACCAAGCAUCUUUGGAGUGCUGAAACCAAAAAGGCAGCAAAGGACUAUAGUGUGGCCCCAUUACGGAUGAAAUAUCCUCUUACAAAAGAAUAUGUGGAAUUUGUACGGAAGUUGAUGAAGACACAGCCGGAGUUGUUCACAUUAUAUAACAAGAACCAGGGCAUCAUUGCUGUCCGCGACAUGUUUUUGCAGGAAUGGAAGUCCAAGUCGCCUCAGGAGCAAGAGAAAUCAUUAGGGCUCGCCGGUUCGAAGAAGCCUAAGACAGUAUCUGCAUCUAAUGAAGUUGUGGAGGAUUACCAGCGCACGGUUGUGCUUCCUAUCGCGACGAUCGGCUGUGGCAAGACCACAGUCAGCGUAGCGCUCUCUAAGCUUUUUGGAUGGGCACAUGUAAGCAGCGAUGACUUUCAGCACAUGCGGAAGAGCGGAUCGAGGUUCCUGCAGGAGAUAGUGAAUCAACUCAAGGAUAAUAUGGUCGUAAUUGCAGAUCGGACCAAUUUUGAAUAUAUGCAUCGACAAAGAAUCAUGAACGUUGUUCGAGGGGCCUAUCCUAAAGCGCGCUUCGUGGCACUCUACUGGAGCCAUGAUGAGAUGCCAGCUUAUAAGCUCCGGGAGUUUGAAGUUGAACGGGUAAGGAAUCGAGGAUCCAACCAUCAGAACCUAACUCCGGAAUUCUGUCCUGAAUUCGAGAGUGUCAUUCAAAGGUUUCUGACGUCAUUUCAGCCUCUCAACACGCUGGUGGAGCCUGAUUCGAAUUUCAGCUGCGUGAUCGAGUCAAGAGUGGGCGAGGAGAGCUUGUUGUUUGUGGAGCGGAUUGUAAAGGAGUUUGCGAUCCCCAUCAUGGGCGCUGGAGGCGUUGGAAACUAUCCAAUCCCAACACCAGAUCAGAUCAAGGAAGCAGUCCGAUUUGCGCGAGAGGAUUGGAAACCUGCACGGGUGAUUUCUGGUGAUGCUGAGAAGUGUCAUACGCGCAAAUUGAAGAAUGAGGUUGGGGCGGAAGCAGAAGCUGAAGCAAAUCAGGAUGAUUCCGGGGUGGGCUCUAUCAAUCCAACCGUUGGUACUAAAGUGAUUAGUGGGAAAUCAAGAUGGUCGAAAGAUCCAAAGUAUUUUGCGAUUGCACUGGAGCCGGAUGCAGUUCACACGUUUUUAGAACGAUUGGGUACGGACACAAAUGGAUCCAAGUCCGGUUCAGAGUGGGCUGAGCUCUUGCAGACGAUCAAGGUGUGGAAGGGGAAUGUGAUGAAUAGAUCGCAACCACACGUUACCCUUAUCCACGCGAGUACUUGUGAGGAUAGUUCGCCUACAAAGGCUCAGCAUGCCCAAAUGCUGUGGAAGCUUUACACCGACGAAGUAGCUGGUAUGAAGAAUGAGUUGACUGCUGUAUCGUCUACUCCUAUGUCCUCUGACGUGUCCUUGCUGGUGUCUUCCAUGCAGCAGUCACUUUCUCUGUCAACAUCAUCGUCACCGGCCUUGGCAAACAAGGCAAAUGGAGGGCCGAGAGAAGUAAACGAGAAAUGUGGAGCAGCUACUGCAUUGAACUCUGUUGAAAACAAGGUUGGGAUCGACCGGCCGGAUCUUCAGGCGACUGUCACAGUAGACUAUAUGGUGUGGUCAGAACGAAUUAUGGCACUACAUGUGUCGAGUGCUAAGCGGACAUUGACUGGUGAAGCAUACGAGAGUACACAGGCAAGUUUGCAUAUUACUGUUGGAAAAGCAAAUGAACAGGUCAAGUCAAUGGAGUCGAAUACGAUCUUGGAGUUGUGGAAGAGACAGAAGAAAGGAGAGGGAUCUGACCCUGGGCCUGGACCUGCUCGAGGAUCAAGAAAAGGAAAGAACAAGGCUGAAGACGAAUCAACAGCAAAGGACGGUGAGGGAUCAAGGAUUAGAUCAGUUAAGUUGGACAAGGUUCAGACUUUUACCGGAAGGUUGAAGGGCAUGAUGUAUUGAGGAGUAAGGAUGGUAUUGCAAAAGUAAAAAAAGUAAAAAUAAAACGAAAACGGAUCAUCUGCAA